AUGAUAGUUUGGUUCUUGCUUGGUUACAAACUAUGGAACAGGGGAGUCGCAGUUGACCUUAUAGAGAAGUUUCUUCGGCGCCAGCAAACACUGAUGCCAACAAGAUACGCCUACUCUGAACUCAUAGCAAUCACAAGGCAUUUUAGAGAGAAGCUCGGCCAAGGUGGCUUCGGCUCAGUCUUCAAAGGGGAACUUCUAGGGGAUCGUUUUGUUGCAGUUAAGAUGUUAAGCAACUCCAAAUGCAAUGGCGAUGACUUCAUCAAUGAAGUUUCUACAUUAGGUAGGAUUCAUCAUGUGAAUGUCGUGCGGUUAGUUGGAUAUUGCUCAGACGGAUCAAAGAGAGCUUUGAUUUAUGAGUAUAUGCCUAAUGGCUCACUUGACAAGUACAUUUUUGCUCCCAAUGGAACUAAUGGUCACUUUUUCACCUCAGAAAAACUCAUUCAAAUAGCAAUUGUUAGUGCUAAAAUGAAGAUUACUGAUGGCUCUUCCUAA